GGUAUUUCUCCGCUUGGCUUUUCUGGGCUCUCGUGUGUGUUUCUCCCUCUGGUUUGGUUUUUAAAGGGCCGUACUUGGAGUGCCCCGCCGAGCCGAGGCCUUGCAGGCCCUGGGGUCGGUGGCUGUGUCCCAGCAGGCCGCGUCCCUUCCUGCUGCAUCAUCGCUCUGCUGGCUCAGGAAGAGGCUGACCCGUCACUUCAAGCGCUUGAAUCCCGCCAGGAAGAGAUUCUGAAACGCUUGUAUGAACUGAAGAGUGCUGUCGAUGGCCUCUCAAAGAUGAUACAAACUCCAGAUGCUGACUUCGAUGUAACUAAUAUUAUUCAAACUGAUGAAUGUUCUCCUUUGACAACAAAUGGAGCAGAUUUAGAUUUGAUGCUUGGAAAGGAUUAUGGUGCCCUGAAAGAUAUUGUAAUCAAUGCAAAUCCUUCUGUGCCUCUGCUGUCACUAUUGGUACUACACAGUCUGCUUUGUGAACGCUAUAAAGUAUUGUCAGCUGUUCACACACAUUCAUCGGUGAAGAGUGUGCCAGAAAACCUCUUGAAAUGCUUUGGAGAGCAGACUAAGAAGCAACCACGUCAUGAAUAUCAGUUGGGCUUUACUCUUAUUUGGAAGGAUGUUCCAAAACCCCAGAUGAAGUUCAGCAUUCAAACCAUGUGCCCUAUUGAAGGAGAAGGGAACAUUGCUAGAUUUCUCUUUUCCCUGUGUGGCCAGAAGUACAACGCAGUUACUUCAACUCUGAUUGACAGCUGGGUUGACACAGCCAUCUUCCAGCUAAAAGAAGGCAGCAGUAAAGAAAAAGGAGCAGUCUUGCGCGCUAUGAAUGCUGCCCUGGGCAAGACAUCAUGGCUGGUGGGAAAUGAGCUCACCGUAGCAGACAUUGUUGCAUGGUGUGCGCUUCAGCAGACAGGUAGUGCAAAUGCUGCCCCAGCCAACGUGCAAAAAUGGAUGAAGUCAUGCGAGAACUUGGCACCUUUCAGCUCUGUUAUGAAGCUGCUGCAGUAAGCCUGUACUCUUCAUAAUGGUGUAAUUUUAAUCUUGUUCCACCUCAUGCCUGCUAGAGUGGUUUGAGUCCUUUCUGACAUCUGUUCAAGUACUACAGUUGGACAGCAUUCUAAAAUCAAUAAAAACA